AAAUCUAUAUAUCCAGAGACGGUUACAGAAACAACAGAUCAUUGAUUUCGAUUUUUCUUCUUCUCGAUCGCUCCGUCUGAGGUAAAAAUCCAGAGGAAAGGGCAAAGAUGGAGAAGGCAAUCAACAGGCAGAAGGUUUUGCUGCAGCAUCUCCGGCCAUCUUCUUCCGUUCCGGCUCAUGAUUCUUUGUUAUCGGCAUCUGCGUGUUUAGCUGGGGACAGUGCUGCGUAUCAGAGGAGUUCAGUUUUUGGGGAUGACGUGGUGAUCGUCGCAGCGUAUCGGACUGCUCUUUGCAAAUCAAAACGUGGUGGCUUCAAGGAUACUCACGCCGAUGAUCUUCUUGCACCUGUUUUGAAGGCAUUGAUUGACAAAACCAAUCUCGACCCAAGUGAAGUUGGGGACAUUAUCGUGGGUAGUGUUUUGGCACCCGGGUCCCAAAGAGCGAGCGAAUGCAGGAUGGCUGCAUUUUAUGCUGGUUUCCCUGAAACUGUGCCCGUGAGAACUGUCAAUAGGCAAUGCUCAUCUGGGUUGCAAGCUGUUGCAGAUGUAGCUGCUGCUAUUAGAGCGGGGUUUUACGAUAUUGGCAUUGGUGCUGGUUUGGAGUCCAUGACUGUCAAUCCAAUGUCAUGGGAUGGAGCAGUCAAUCCAAAAGUAAAGAUCUUUGAACAAGCUAAGAAUUGCCUGCUUCCCAUGGGCAUAACCUCCGAGAAUGUUGCUCAUCGUUUUGGUGUCACUAGAGAACAACAAGAUCAGGCUGCAGUUGAGUCUCAUAGAAAGGCUGCUGCUGCUACUGCCUCUGGUAGGUUUAAAGAUGAAAUUAUCCCUGUGAGCACAAAGAUCGUUGACCCUAAAACUGGUGAAGAGAAACCUGUUACAAUCUCUAUUGAUGAUGGAAUUCGGCCCAAUGCCUCAUUGGCAGAUUUGGGAAAGCUGAAGCCUGUAUUUAAAAAAGAUGGAACCACCACUGCAGGCAAUUCUAGUCAAGUGAGUGAUGGUGCUGGGGCCGUGCUCCUCAUGAAGAGAAGUGUAGCAAUGCAAAAAGGACUACCCAUUCUUGGCAUCUUUAGGACUUUUGCUGCUGUUGGUGUCGAUCCGGCCAUCAUGGGUGUAGGUCCAGCUGUUGCUAUCCCAGCUGCAGUCAAGGCUGCCGGUCUUGAGCUUGAUGACAUCGACCUUUUUGAGAUAAACGAGGCAUUCGCAUCACAAUUUGUGUACUGCCGUAAUAAGCUGGAAAUUGAUCCAGAGAAGGUUAACGUUAAUGGAGGUGCAAUGGCCAUUGGGCACCCAUUGGGUGCAACAGGUGCCCGCUGUGUCGCUACUCUGUUGCACGAGAUGAAGCGCCGUGGCAAGGACUGCCGCUUCGGAGUUAUUUCGAUGUGCAUAGGGACGGGAAUGGGCGCAGCAGCUGUUUUCGAGAGGGGCGAUGCAGUUGAUGAGUUGUGCAAUGCUCGAAAAGUCGAGCACCAGAAUCUGAUGUCGAAGGAUGCUCGAUAAGAGAAGACUGUAAUGUACUUUUCACUACACCUAAAUGUUGUUAUUCCUCCCAAUAAUGUCUCAGAAGCGAUGGUGUCAAAGGUCGUAGUGUUGUUUAAGGACCUAUGAUCAUAUGAAUUGGUGAAUUUUUUAGUUAAUAAUUGAAGUGAUUAUAUAUUUGUUCAUGAA